AUGAGACUUAUACAAAAAGCACACGAAAUAACAGCAAUGGUGGACCUACAGUCGAUGCAAAGGGAGGUUGACUUCCUAAUUACUAUGAUUUCUAAUAAAAGUCUUGGGGAGAAGAGCGCAGACCAACUAGGGCAUAAUCUAGUUUACUAUACACCUAGAAUCCAGGAAAGUAAUCAACUGAAGCGAUUGAUAUGGGCAUUUUUCAAUAGUAACACAUGGAAUACACAGUCAUUUGAUGUUUUAAAGCUACAUGAGAUUGGACAGGCCUUAUUUGAAUGGAAACUGAAGAUAUCAGAGCCCACUCUUUCUAUAGGGGAGUUUUAUUAUGUUUGGCAUGAGGCAUUUUCCAAAGCCCACAGCUGGACCUUACCUCAAUUGGCUAUUCUAAGUGGAGUGCUGAGUACUAAGCAAACAUUUCUGAAGCUUCAACGCCAAUUCUUCAUCGAUGAAACUGGCAGUUGUGAGAAGUUAUAUAGGGUUUGGAAGCUUGAUUACUUUCUACCCGUUUGGAAGACUAUGUUAAAGCAUAAUUUGAACAAAACCAUGGUAAUAGACAACUUAGCUCUAUUAUAUGUCUCUAUUUGUGAAGAAACUGAUAAGGGGCUAAACUGGAAUAUUCUUUCCCAGUCUCUCCUAAAACUUGCAACGCAGUAUAUCAUUAAUAGGGAUGAUACAACAUUCUUGAACGGCUGGUUGAGUGAUUUAUCAUUAGCUCUAAAAUUUACUCUGCAUAACUCUGCGCCAUCUAUUAUAUCUAAAGUGCUGGAUAAUAUGUGCCAAAUAUCUUACGAUUUGUCACAAAGGGAGAUGAAUCAUUCCGAAACUACAAAGUAUGCAGAAAAGUAUCAUUCUAAUGUGAUGUUUAUGAUGGUUCUCAUAACACAUGGAUGUGUGGUAGGACGCAGGUCAGAUCCAAAAUUGCAUCAUCAGGUUUUGAUGGUGCUUUUCUAUAUGAAUUAUAUCGUGCGCGAUUUCGGUACAGUGGGAUUCCAGACGUACCAACAAGUUUAUUCUGCAAUCUUAUCAGUUUUGACAAAAAGCUUGGAAACUUUCGACGUAUCAUUGAAAGUAAUGCAAGGGAAUAUUUGGACGAAUGGAAAUAAUAUAAACAUGUCUCGUAUUUUGUUUAUGCUGGAAUUCAUGGAAGCCUCGAUACCAACUCUACGUCUUGAAGGGCCAUAUGUAGAACAUGCAUUGACCCCCGUUAUUCAGGGUUAUAUUUCUUCUCCCGUCCAAUCUAUUCGAGAAGGUGCUCACUCAGUAGAACUAACCCUUUUUAAGAACAUGUCAUCUAGCAAGUCCUUCAUCGAAUGGAAGAUGAAUCAUUGGAAAUCUUACCUAGAACUCGCUAUAAGCCAAUUCUUUAACGGAUUGCUAAUCAAAACCCAGGUUUUGGCCAUUUACGAGACAUUGGUAGCACAACUCCCACAUUUAACUAUUUGGAACCAUGAUCUAACAAGAGAGCUGUUGCAGUUUACAUACUCAAAAAUUAUCAAUUGCCCUAAAAUUCCCAUGAAGGUGGCUCUCUGCGAGUGUCUGAUUCUCCAGUGUAAGAACAUAACUGACAAGUAUAUUUGCGACUGGUUGGAUAACUCUCUGGAGCUGAUCAAUCAAAUUCCACAACCUGAUCGACACUUCUUAUUAGAUAAGCAAUGGGACUUUGUCAAAAAUAGUAGGAAUGAUUUAGCAAUUCAGUGGUGGUAUACACAUGGCUUGGUCAACAGGUUGUAA